AUGGCCUUUGAGCGCAGCAUUCAGGGAUCUACAGAAGUUCUAAGGUCAGAGCGGGUGGUUAUUCCUGAAAACUUAGACGGGGAAGAGCAAUAUAUCGAAAGUGAUAAUGAUAUUCCUUAUUAUUCUGAUAUAGAGGCGAUGAUACUUGAAAUGGACUUGGAACCUGAUGUUCAGGAUUUAUAUGAGAAUGAAGAAGUAUCAAUAUAUCAACACGAAGAAACUAAGCGGACUAUCAUAAGGCUGGAGCAGGGUGUUCACUCUUUCACGCAAAAAGCCAUGGCUUCACACGGAGCAUUGGCAAUGUUAUAUGGCUGCCACUCAAAUUACUAUAUCAAGAAACCUGAGGUACAAGAAGAAGCGCAAAAUGGACAAGUAGAAUUGGAAAAACAUGUCAUCACAAAGACAUUGACUAAGCCAUCUGAGGCAUAUUAUGAUGCCAAAAACCUGCCACAUGUUCUUUGUUUUGGACAGGCUAUGCAGAAUUUGGACUGUUGUGUAUGGACUGAUAUGGCAUGUUUCUAUAGUAUAGCAGUAGCAGAAUUUUAG